AUGGGAAGCGUAUACGAGCGGCGGCGGCGGCAGCAGCAGCAGCUCCUCCAUCACAAAACCAUCUUCAUACCUCUCUUCUGCCGCUUAUCUCUGAAAGACAUAAAGCGGCAUUCGGCUCCCUCCGACGAGCCGUCCUCCCCUAAGGUGAGCUGCAUGGGCCAAGUCAAGAAGAGAAGCAACCGCGUCGCCCCAACCCCAAACCACACCUACUCCAAGCUCAAGAAGCUCUUCUCUUCCAAAGCCCUCCUGCCCGCCAAGACCAACGAUUUCAAGAAAGAUUGCGACGCCAAAGUGGUGGACGUCGCCGAGCUUGAUCCGCCGCUGCCGGUGCUGAAGAAGGAGGCGGCGGCGCCGAAUCUGUGGAAGAGGAGGUUUAAUGGGGCGGCGCUCAAGACGUUGCACAUCGAAAUUGUUUCUGUAGCGCCAACUGUAUCAACAGAUCAAUUUUUUUAA